AUGUCCCGGGAUCCAGUCAAUAUUGAUUAUGUGUUGCUAUUAAUGCAUUUUGAGUUAGGCGUUCCCGAUCCUAAGGCUUUGAUGGUGUCUUGGAUAAGGAAGCGGGAUUUACACAUACUGACCGCCGGUUCGACGACAUAUACAUCAGAUCAGCGAUUUCAAGUAAUACGCCCGGAAAAUUCGGGUAACUGGACAUUGCAAAUAAAAUAUCCACAACCGCGGGAUUCGGGCAUUUACGAAUGCCAAAUCAAUACAGAACCAAAGAUGUCUCUCUCAUACACUUUCAGUGUAAUUG